CCCAGGGGAACUUCCCAGAUAGGCGUGUUAGUAUUGCGUGCUACAGUGAGAUCAGGUGCAGAGAGGUUACUUACAGUAGUAAGUCAGGAAAUCCAUCUGAAAAACACGGUAAUAAGGAAGAAGCUUGUAAUGUAGCCAUGCGUAUUUUGCAGGAAUGGACCCUUUUGGUCAUGUUGGGGAUUCUGGAUUGUGUAGCAGACCACCUUCAUAAACCUUUGAACAUCACAACAAAAUCCAGAAACUUCUGCCUCUUGCUGACAUGGUUGCCAUCUCCUAAAAAUCCUCCAAAUGUAACCUACACUGUCGAACAUAUGCUGUAUUUAAAAAAAAAAAGGUGGUCUGUAGUCCCUGAGUGCAAGGGCAUAUUUGCAACAGAGUGUGAUUUAACAUGUAUCCUUAAGGAGACAUACACUAACCAGCAUGUAGUGCGAGUCAGGGCUGAAUCUGUGGCCCAAGGGACAUCAGCAUGGGCCUCCCUACAUAAUAUAUCUUAUAUGUUCACAGUGGACCCAUCACCUCCCAUUCUACAUGUAAUACAAGAAGAUGGCACUUUGACUAUUAACAUCUCAAUACAAAAGCCACCAUGCAUGCCAAAUGCUUUGCUCUUAAUGUUUGAGUAUUUGUUGGAAAUCAAGAAUACUAACAACUCUGCAGAGAAACCAAAGAAAAUAGAAAUGAUAGAGCGUUCAAAAACAAUCAAAACAGAUGGGUAUGAAGGAGACUACUGCAUGGUGGCAAGAACUAUAUAUAAGAGUAAUAGAAAAACAAGUGGACCAUCGCAUCCUUUUUGUUUUACCGUUACUCAAAAAGAUCUACACCAUCAAUUAAUGCCACUGAUUGGACUACCAGCAGUAGUUCUCUUUGUUGUAUUUCUGGUCGGCAUAAUCUGCAUUAAACUAUAUAAGAAGGUUACAAAGCCCAAUGUAUUGGACUUUUCAGAUAAAAGAUGUACUGUUGUAGCCUCUGUAAUACCUGAGAAGUCUUACCACGUUACCAUUGAUAAAAACAUGGACCAGACGUCAUCAGCUACAUUCCUUCUAUCUGGUGAAGACAGUAAUAGUAUAAAUGAGUAUCCUGGCUUUGGUUACACAGAGCGCAAGAAUAUGCAAGGGAACUGUUUAGGAAGACACACCCUUUAUGGAGAUUCUAGUAGUGAUGACUAUAUGUCUUCUAAAGGCUUACCAACAAACUCCAGCAGUGAUAAGUCAUCUGACAGCAGCUGUGUACAGACAUCAGGAUCAAAUACUGAAAUGAUAUUGACGCUAAAUAAAAAUCAACUGCACAAUCAUUCAGAAGAGAGCAAUACAAAUGUUUCAGGGAAUAUGGAAACAUUGGUCACAAACACUAUAACCAUGGGUCCACUCCUUGACACUCUUCGUGUAGCACAUUGUAAUACCUUUGGGGAUGGGCUUUUAAAAACAUUGUCCAUAACAGCUGCUACUGACCAAUGUUUAGACAAUGAAUCUUUUGAUGGCCACCUCACAGACUAUGAAGAUAACCAUGAACAAUUAAUUAAUGAUUGUACAGACUGUGAUGUGCCUGAGCCCUACAUUGGAUCACAACCUCUCCAAAAGAAUUGGGGCACAGGUUAUGAACAGCGAGGUUAUAUGUCAAGGUGAUGAUGAAAAAUGUAAUUUUAUUUUGUAAAAAUGAAGAGACAAAGUAUAAACUUUGACUCCAUUAACCAUGUUACAAGAAUUAAGGUGCAAAAUGCAGUGCGUUCAUGCCAGUUGGCGGGUCUACUAACAGCUUGAGGUGACUCCCUUAGAUUCUAUUGCUAACCCGCCCACAUGAGGAAGGAUGGAUUGCAGAUUCAUUCAGUACAUAGUCCCAAUGAUUUCAAUAAACUCCUAUGGAGCCUAUUAUUGUGACAAGUAGAAGAUGCUCUUAUAUCAAGAUAGCAGUCAUCUAAGAAUGUUGAGGUCAGUAAUCCGGUCAUUUUGGCAAAAAAAAACUGCUAGCAUGCUGGUAGUUUGGAAGAGCAGCUAAGACCUUUGUAUUAUUACUGACUCCACCAUGACUCUAGUUGUUAGAGGAUAUGGACUAUUCAGUAUUGCCUGAAUACACUACAUACCUUAUAUGGGAAGUGGUGACCUCUAAUGGUAAAGAACAUGAAAAACUGGCAGAGAAUUCAGUAGUCCUAAAGCAGGAGUGCCCAACCUUUUGAAGAGCGAGGGCCACUUAAGCGACUUGGUAACCGGUCGUGGGCCACAAUGAACGGAACAGGCAGAUAGAUGACAGAUCCAUGUCCACUCUGCAUAUUCAGAGCAGACACGGGCACAGCCCUUUCUACUGUGUGGGCCCUCCCAUACGAUUAGACAUAAAGGGAUGGAUCCCCUUCUGUUUUUUUUCUCCGCCGAUUGAAUUGGAGGUAGACGGGUGUAAAUGAACACAAGUCCGUUUACAUCUGCUGCUCCAUGGAGGUGAAUGGAGAGUCAGAUUUAAUCAGACCAAUUGUGUGAAAUGGGCACUGGUACACUCAAAAGACAGGAAGUCCCCCUCCCUAUAUAACCCCUCCCAUACAGGAAGUACCUCAGUUUUUGUAGCAAAGCAAUAUAUAUCUCAAUAAAAAGGGGCUUGGGUCUUUUUGUUCCAAGCAGGCAGAAUACUGUAUUGCAACAGUCUUGAAUGAAACUGGGCAUAGGGAACUGUGACAUGUAAGCGUAAGAUAGCUUUUCCUUAACGAGAUGUGACGUGAACGAUAGAGGUAGUGUAAGUGUAGAUGUAGUUUAAUUCUGGGUUAUUAGUAUUCCAUAUCAGUAAUGCACAUAUGUUCUUUCAUUAGCAUUUGAAAAGGACAGGACCAGUUUCUAGGCCAGAGUUGACACCUAGAUGCCAAUAAAAGUUCCCAAGGAGUCAACCUAGAUUGCCACCUUUCUGAAGCCUUCAAAGGGAGUCCUAGCCAAAGUGGCUACAAGGAUCCACAGGGGGGCAUUCACCAGGCCCCGGCAGGUCUGCAAACUUUGAUUUAUAUCAUCAGAUCUGAGGAAUCUAUUUCAUGUCUCAUAAAAGCUAAAAUAUUAGCAGCAGAGAGAUGAAAAUAAUUCCGUUUGAUGAUACACGUGUUGGGCUACUCGUACAUGUCAAUCUGUAUUUAUAGCGUGUGUAGAAUCCUAGAAAAAUACACAAAACCGUUAUAUGGCGCCUGACUGCGGCAAGCAAGCAGUGAUUGCUACUGUCGCAAUCGGACUGAUGCGCUGGUAUCGGAAAUCCAAUCCAUGACCCAGCAAUCAGCUCCGUUCUGGGCCAAUCGACUCUGGUAAUUUCAGAACACAAAACAUCUUGUGGGCUGAGAUAGGAACAGCCCCCAGGGUUGAUUGGCCAAGGGCUAAAGCCUAGCCCACAUCCAUAUUUCAAUAGAUGGAGUAGCCGGAGAUAUGGACAUUGUUCUUCCACGAAGCCAGUUCGGAACUGGGGAGUGCCACAUAUUCCAGUAUGCUUCUACUAACGGAUAGAGUUUGGUAAAGUUUCAUUUCUGUUUUUAUCCCUUUUUAUUUUCAUAGCAAAUUGACAAUUGUGUGUCUUUCUGUAUUUUUUGUAUCUUUUUUGGUAACUCCCUUUUCUUUGUAUGCGCUGCCCACUUUCGGGAUAUUAAAUUAUAAAAUUAAUAAGUGACUUCUGUGUACUAAGCGAGGACUCAUAUCUCUGGAGAGGUUAUUGUAUGUUAGUGUCCAAGUGCUCAGUCUACGUUACGUGCCAAUCGGUAUGCAAUUUAACUGUGUGUUGGCAGAUUGCAUGACCAGGCCUAAAUACUCCAGUCUCUUUAGGCCUUGUACACACGGUCGGACCAAACCGAUGAGAAUGAACCGAAGUUCAGUUUCAUCGGACCAAACC